CAAUUCUCUUCUCUAGUCAUAGCAGUUAGCUAGCCAUGGCUCUGAGAAGGUCUUCCCUGCCCAUUAUCUUCGCUCUAAUCCUGUUCUCUUCCCAAGUGCUUCUUGCUCGUGAGCUGGGAGAGAAACCAGCUUCUGAAGAGAAGAAUGCCAAGAAGGACGCGAAUGUGAAGGCUGAUGAUGCCAAAUUCAACGUUCAUGGCUAUGGCUCCGGAAAAGCUGAGUUUAUUGUCCCCGAUGAUGCUGAAGUUGAUGGCUUCGGUGAUGAGAAGCAUAGUUUUGGAUAUGGACCCGGGUACGGGUAUGGUGGCUACGGAGGUGGAUACGGAUCUGGAUAUGGAUAUGGUCGUGGAUACAGAUAUGGACCUGGGUACGGGGGUGGAUACGGAUCUGGAUGGAGACGGUGCCGUUACUCCUGUGGAUACGGGUGCUGCUCGGCCAAGGAAUAUGCUGAGUUUGUUCAGGCUGGGAACUAG